AUCAUUGCAACUGCGACAUCUUCCUUUGAAGGCCAUGAAGGAACGACGCAUACUCCAGUGAUCUUCGAGGCUCUCGAAACAAAAGUAAAGCUCUCAUCUCAAGAUACACAAAGAUAUGCCGGAAUUAUCAAUAAUGCCACCUUGGCCAAGAUUUUUCGCGAGUUUACUAUCAAAGCCGAUGCCAAACUGGUAACCUCGACAAAUUCGAGAAAAAAGACUUCAAAAAAAGAGGUUAAAGGUUAUCGUUCACCAGUUGAUUGCCCGGUUCGAAUUGUCCUGUAUGGGCUUGCUACUGACCAAUAUACCAUCGGUCAUAUUCUUGGAAAUGCCGGAUUCUAUUUUCAACAUCCACUGCCUUCAGAGUAUGAUAGCAGUAUGCAGUAUCGCAACCCUCAUUAUCUGCUUCGUCCAGGGUCCCAAUUGCCGACACUGGAAGAAGAUUCCGCAACGGGAUGUGGCCGGAAGGUGGAAUCAGAUUUGCUUAGCACAUCAAAUAAAGGGCGAUUUAUGAGACUCUUUGAUGAAGCCAGCGAUUUUAUCUUGAGGACAAGUAUCGAGCCGAGUAGUCGCCUCAAGUCCACAUUAAAAGAGCAUCAACUUUUCGCCUUCGCCUGGCUGACUGCAAUUGAAGCUGGAGGUGUACGAGAUGGACACCCGUCACUAUGGGAGCCAUUAUCUGGGCCAGGCCCAACAAAUGACAUCCUGGCUUUGAUCUGUGCAUCUUUGGAUGUCGUGGAUAUCCAAAGGAACGAAAGUGGAGAUACGCAGCCUAGACAAUCUUGGACAACGCUUAUUGUCACACCAAAGUCAAGCAACCACAUUCAUCCAGGAAGGAUAACAACUGCAAUAUAUCUUGGCUCGGGCCGCAAAACUCUUCGGGACGUCCUUCUAAACUCAGAUGUAAUCUUGACCACUUACGAAACAAUGAGACGAGAUUGGGAAGAAGGUGGGCCUUUAUUUAGUGUGCAAUGGUAUCGGGUAGUCCUUGACGAAGCACACCAUAUCAGGACCAGGAACUCUCAAACUUUUAAAGCGGCCUGUGAUAUCCAGGCUUUGUACCGUUGGUGCUUAACUGGGACCCCAAUUCACAACUCUCUCGAUGACUUUGCGGCACUUCUAAGCUUUGUCGGGGUGCCGGUCUUUAUGAAGAAAAAUCUAUUCGAUUUUUGGAUAUCAAGGCCAAUUAAAGAAAAACACUCAUACGGCUUGAAGAGACUUGGCUUGCUGAUUAAAGGCACCUGUCUGCGGCGUACAAAGAAGAUGAUUGAAUUAUCGCAUCCAUUACCUGAUCGACGAGAGAAGAUAACGUGGGUAGAAUUGACACCGAGAGACCGCAAUUUAUAUAGCUUUUUCGAAAAAGAGGCUGCCAACAUUGCAUCAGGAUCUUAUUGGCACAAUAAUGGACAUCCGAACUCGAGCGAUCGACAAAACAACAAUAUCUUAAAACUGAUCAAUUUUCUUCGCUUGAUCUGCGACCAUGGGGAGCAACUUCUUCCACGGUCAGCUGUUGAAAUUUGGAGUGCAGAUGGAGAUAGAAUCAUUGACUGGCAGAACUUUCAAGAGCUUCAAGUGGCAUGUGAUAUGUGCGGCCUGAAGAUUGACAAUUUCCAGGGUUGGUCUUCGAUCGAACUCGACAAAUCAUACUCACCAGUCAUAUGCAAAACAUGUCACGCCAGUACUAGAGAAAAUGGGUCUGGGAUUGAAUUCACAAACCCCCAAAACUCUAUGCUUAUUCCUAAUGGCAGAGAAAGUCCGUGUUCUGCAGCUAAAAUCCGAGCAGCUCAACAGUCACCGAAGCUGAAGGCUUUGAUUGACAACCUCCGUCAGGAGCAAUUUCUUCCAGCUCAUUGCAUAUCGAAUCCGCCAAUCAAAAGUGUUGUUUUCAGCUCCUGGACUAAAAUGAUAGACCUAACCCAGCAAUGCCUCAAGGCCAAUGGCUUUGUCUGUGCACGAAUUGAUGGUCAAUUAAGUCUAGAAGGACGAUCAAAGGCAAUAAAACAAUUUAAUUUGGAGCCUAAGUGCACCGUAAUGCUUGCAACUAUUGGUAGCGCUGCUGAAGGAAUCGAUUUAACAGCUGCUAACAACGUACAUUUGCUCGAGCCGCAUUGGAAUCCAAUGGUUGAAGCUCAGGCUCUUGACCGUGUACAUAGGAUAGGACAAUCACGAGAAGUCCUCGUAACAAGAUAUGUGACGAAAGACACGAUAGAAACGUACGUGCAAUGGAUACAAAAAGAAAAGCUCAGACUCAUCCAACAAUCACUCGAUUCUCAGAAUAAUUCUCAAGUAGAUAUCAGUGAUCAACGAUGGAAGGUAAAAAGCCAAAAAAACAUAAACUUUUUUUGUGAAAACAGCUAA